CAACCCCCCCUCGUCUAAUUUUAGCCGUGUGCUCUGCAACCCAAAAUUACGCAACGACGGGGUUUUUCACGUGGCGGCAGCGCCUGCCCCUUUCUCCCCCUUCCCUUUCACUUCCCUUUCUCCUUCCCUUUGUGGCCCCAGUCGAGGAAAAACUGAAAAAGGCCAGAACUGGGGAAGACAUGGACCAAGGAGCCAGCCCCAACAGCAGCGACAUGGACGUCGAUCAGAUCAGGACAAGGUCUGAUGUUGAAGAAACAGCCACACAUAACACAAAAGUGUCCGAUUCCGGAUAUAGCAAUAGUUGUAGCAAUUCACAAUCUCAAAGAAGCUCCGGUAGCUCGAAAUCGAGGCAUAGCACGUCGAGCGGAAGCUCGGGCUAUUGCGGGCGAACUUCACCUCUUAACAUUAAUGAUGGAGGUGCCCAGGCGAAGAGGAAGGAAAAAGAACACAAGAAGAAAAAGAACAAGAACAACAGCAGCGCGUCAUCCGUACAACAGCUACUCGUCGAAGAGGCGAACAACAACACGCCACAGCAGAAUGAAGACGACAAGAACGGCAAUCAGUUGAUGGACACUUCCGUCCUACCUAUCGACAACGAUGUUUUGCAGAUCGCCAUAUUGUCCCAGACGUUGUCGUCGAUGAAGAAGAUGAAGCACCAGAUACUAGAUGAGAGCGCAGGGUCACCGGGGGAAACACCAAAUUUGCCUAUCAUCGACAUUAAUCUGGACCAGCUAGCAUCAGGAAUAAAACAAGAAUCCCUCGAGGAAGAUGAGCUCAAAAUAGUAGUAUCGAUGUCAGAUGGGGUAGUUGUCUUUACGUCUGGAUUGGCGACAGUGCUCGACUACCCGAAGGAGAUGUGGUUGGGCAGGUCGUUGAUUGACUUUGUCCAGCCAAAGCACAGGGCUACGUUCGCUGGCCACAUAACGACAGCAAUCGCCAAUCUCAGGCCAGUAUUUGAUGCAGGAAGCAACACGAACCAGAAAAACGUCUUUUUCUGCUGCCUCCGCAUGUACAGAGGGCUCAAAUCCACCGGGUUCAACGUCAGCGAGAAAAGCGUCCCGUAUCUCCCAUGCCAACUGUCGCUCACGUUUCAAGAGCUCACUGCAAAAGGUGAAACCGUCGCUAAGGAAUACCUCAUUAUAACCGCCACACCGGUCAGGUCCGCUUAUAAAUGUAGGUGGCAAGCAUUUUCCCCGACGGUCGGACGAGACUCAUCCACUCCAUUCUUUCUCGCAGAUCCCGUCGAGACAAACGUUUCGCCCAAGUUCAUGACGAGGCAUUCGGCCAGCUGCCAGUUGAACCACCUCGACCCUGAGGUAUUGCCUUAUUUCGGUUAUUUGCCUCAGGAUCUGUUGGGCAGGUCCAUACUUGAUUUUUACCACCCCGAAGAUCUGCAUUUCAUUAAAGAAGUCUACGAAGCAGUGAUGAAGGAACAAGGGCAUCCUUUUCGAUCGAAACCUUAUAGGUUUAGAUGUCAGAAUGGAGAUUAUGCUUUAGUCGAAACCGAACUGUCAUCGUUUAUCAAUCCCUGGUCUAGAAAGCUGGAGUUUAUCAUUGGCCAGCAUUCAGUUUUGAGGGGGCCGAGAAAUCCUGAUGUAGUGACGCCAGUCAGCAUCCCUGAACCACUUCAGAUAUCGGCUGAGGUGCUCAAAGAGACGAAAAUUGUCCAGGAGGAGAUCAAAUGCCUCUUGAAUGAGACGGUCGUCAGGACAUCGGAAACGGCGAAACAGCAGGUGUCGAAAAGGUGUAAAGACUUAGCCGCAUUCAUGGAAAACCUUAUGGACGAGAUUACAAAGCCUCCAGAUCUUAAAGUCGAUGUACCUAUUGAAGAGCAGAGCUUUUCCGAACGUGACUCGGUCAUGCUCGGUGAAAUAUCGCCCCAUCAUGACUACUAUGACAGCAAAUCAUCUUCAGAAACGCCACCCAGUUACAACCAGCUGAAUUACAAUGAAAAUAUUCAAAGGUUUUUCGAGAGUAAGCCAAAGACGACACUCUCUGAGGAGUCCGCUGAUCCAAAAAAUGGUAGUGCCAUUGGUGAAGGGGGGAAAAUUUCACCGGUCAUUAAUUUGAGCACAAUGUCCAAGAGUGGCGGUUCAGGCACCAGUCCUUGGCAGAGCACGGAAAGCCAUGGAAAUUCAGGCGAAACGACGACGAACACGUCGAACAACACGCUGCAGAGCUGCAAACCGCCGACUUUGACGGAACAGCUUCUUAUACGUUGUCUUCUUGACAGGCACAACGAAGACAUGGAGAAGCAGAUGGUGCAGAAGCACAGGGAGAUGCGGAACAAAAGCGACAGGGAUUCCAAAGUCAAAGAACGCCUCAAAGACAAAGUUCAGGAUAUGUCGAAAGGGUGUUUCAAUACAGAAGAGCAGCUUUGCUGUCCUUCUUCUGGCCACCAUGGCCUUAAACGGAGUGGAAGCCAUUCGUGGGAUGGCGAGCCUUACAAAUCGAUAAAAGCCAGCCACACGAACAACGGUCAGACUCAGGCUUCUUCAAGCGAGCAGACUGCAGCUCUGCCGCAGCCGUCCAACCCGUCCAAACCAAAAGAGACCAACCAGCCGUCUCUAUGGCCACCCUUCAGUGUCUCCCUCACACCAGUACAAUCCUCAAGGCAAGAUUACUCAGGAUUUGCGAGUGCUUUAAUGCCCAUGUAUUACGUUACGAACCCCAGGCCCGAAGGAGCGUCGCCGUACCACCAACACCCGGCCUACUUGACACAACAACUCCAAUACGUCCCGAGUAUGCUGUACCACCCUAUAAUGUUUGGCACGCCGCCGAUGAUGUACUCACCUUUGACCGUCUACCCUUCUCCUGUUUACCCAGGGGCAAAUGGCGAACGGACCACCCUUCUACAGCAAACAAGAACGGCGGCUCAGGGGACAUCAAACAAAGUCGAACAUGGCAGCCAGCACAGCCAGAUGGCUGCAACGCAUCAGGAUAAAACUGGUUUAUUGAAUGAGAGGAUACAGGUGAAUGCGAGGUCAGAUCAGAAGACCGACCCGGAAGCCGAUUCCACAGAAACUAGCGUGCCUUGCGAUGAUAGCAGCUACCAUUCGAGUUUCUAUUCUUUCCUGAAGACAGACAAAUCAGACAGCAGUCUCAAGAGUUCAUCGGAGAAUGACAAAACCGAGGAAGUUUCCUGGCCAACCAGUAGCAAACCGAGGCCAAUAAGGAAAGUCGCCCCCUGGGUCGAAGACAUCAACGUCACUCCUGAAUUGAUUCUCAGGUACCAACUCGAGGAAAGGGAACUCGAUGAAGUCCUAAAAGAGGACCUUCUAUUGCUUGAAAGGAUCCACCAGCCUAAUUUAGUCAAUGAUCAGCUGAACCAGAUGUACAUAGAUUUAGAACUCGAGGGACUUUCCAAACAGCUUACACUCGAGGAGCUGAGCAGUUCAAGCGAACUGAGCAAUGACGAAGCUAAACCGACAUCGUACUCGGCUCAACAGAAGAAAACCCGUUCCUACAUGGAGUACGACAGGAUGACCAUUCUUUUUGAAGAAGAUGCCCCAAUGCCUCCGCCACCACUUUCAGCCUAAAAUCCAGUGCCUAAGGAAGAACACACACAACCAAGGACUGUCUGUAAAAAAACAAAAACUUGUCCUUUUUGCAAACGUGUACGACGGCUCGCCCAAAAUAGUGCCUAUUGUUUCUAAGUUUAAGAGAAAGAAAAUGUGAGAGAGAGAGAAAGUAAGAAAGAGAGAUAAUCACAAAAUUCAAUAUAACAAUAUUGCUUGAUCAUCUCCAUGUACAUUAAUAAAAAAAUUUAAACAAA